AUGUGCCUGCGAUUAAGUAGUUCGACCGGUACGGAAUGCUUCAUGAGCAACGGCACCGUCGAGGAAAAGAAAGAUGAAUCAUCCACCGAAAAAACGCCGGCAGAGCCACACCUGGUGCCAAUCAGCCGGGAACGCAUCCCGAUAGUCUACCGACGCGAGUACGGUGUGCGAUUCUGCGGACUACAAAAGCUACAUCCCUUCGAUGCGGCCAAAGGAGGCAACAUCUAUCGACUACUGAAAGCGAACGGAUUGAUUCCUGCCGAUGGUGACAUUUACACUCCGAAUGAAAUCACCAUCGAGGAGCUGCUAAACGUACACACGAAGCGCUACAUAGCGAGCUUGAAGUGGAGCCUUAAUGUGGCCAAAAUAGCGGAAAUUCCUCCGUUACUCUUCGUGCCAAACUGCUUCGUGCAGCGCAGCUACCUCCGGCCCAUGCGCUACCAAACGGCCGGAUCGAUCCUAGCGGCCCGGGCCGCCCUACAUUCCGGUCUCGGAUGGGCCAUCAAUCUGGGCGGUGGGUUCCAUCACUGCAGCGCCGACCGAGGCGGUGGCUUUUGUCCUUACGCUGACAUCACGCUCACGGUGCGCAUGCUGCAGGCUAGCGGCAGUGGCAUCGAACGGAUCCUUAUUGUGGAUCUGGACGCGCACCAGGGCAACGGAUACGAACGCGAUCUCAUGGACGAUGGGGGCGUUUUCAUUAUGGACAUGUACAAUUAUCGCAUUUAUCCCCACGAUCAUUCGGCCAAGCUUGCCAUCCGUCGGGCGGUCGAACUCAAACCGCACACGGAAGACGCGGAGUACAUUAGGAAACUGAAGCAAUGUCUGCACCAGUCGUUGACAGAGUUUGAGCCGAACUUCAUCAUCUACAAUGCUGGCACCGACGUCCUGAAGGGUGACCCAUUGGGGCUGCUGGACAUCACGCCCGAGGGUGUGAUCGAGCGGGACGAGAUAGUUUUUCGGUCGGCGAUUGAACGAUCCAUUCCACUGGUGAUGCUGUUAAGCGGAGGAUAUCUGCGCAGCUCGGCACGUGUUAUCGCUAAUUCAAUCAUAAAUUUGCGCGAUAAAGCCCUGUUGCCGACCGUAGAAUAAACAUACGUGCAGGGUUCG